AUGUCGACACGGGUUGCGGCUCAAAAGCUCAGGGUUUUUUGGUUUAAGAAUAUUCACUCCAUCUCACCUCCAGCCAUCUGCUUCUCAUACCGCACGUCGCGCGUCGCGUACAGGCGUCGAUUCGUCAGGAAUGAGGCGUGGUCGACCUGUCACGAUGCGCUUGAGUUGUUGCAAGACGGGAGAGGAAAAGAUCUCCGCCUUCGCCAAGGCGUUCUUCCGCCUCGCAUCUUUCUAAUACAGCACGAUCGAGUGUCCGUGGGCGUCGCCUUAGAAUCGAGUCAGAAUACCACCAUACCUGAAAUCACGUCAAGAAAUCCAUGCAUCGCAGCUCCCACCGCAUGGGAAGAUGAUACUAACAACAGUUAUCACAUGCCACGCACGGGAACAACAAGAUCAUGGAGCGGUUGGCAAAGACUUCGUAAGAGCAUAGCCAGGCUCGUGGAACAAGUCGUCGUCCCUGCUAUAUCUAUGGCACGAGCUCUGGCGGACACUAUCUACGUUCUUGACAGAGAUUUCCUAGUCUCGAACCCGAGCGAGACCUCUGUUGCGCACGAAGUAGUCAUCGUUUUUGCUUUGUGCUCCGGAACGGCUGGAGCACCAUCAUUCCUGUCUUCCCACCCCUUCAGCUGCGAUGCGGAAAAGUCUCGUGGCGCCGCCAGGUUCCAACUCGACCAAGACGAGGCUUGCGAAUUCGUGCCAUCGAAUGCAUGGAUUGAUACGCGUCCGUAUUGCUGCGCCCAGCACUUGGAAGAAUCUGCCUUGGAGACUCCCAAAAUUCCGUUGGGAAUGCCAUUCCGCUCAAGCGGAGACUGA